CUAAGGGAAUUUAACAAAACCCAGACCACAUCAAACCAUUUUUAAUUAUUGGUUACCGAGUGCUUGUUCACCUGAAACCCAGUUCUGGCUAAACUCUAAUCAUGGGUCAGAUCAUGGGGUCAUUAAACGCUCGCGAUGUGGGGCUUGUCAUGGAUGAAAAGCCUACCUUCGACGUGCAAAGUGGUUUUGAAUUUCAGCGAAAACAACGAGAAAUGGUAGCGAAGGAGGAGGAUCUAGUAUCCGCUCGAAUCCCCCCGAAAUUCCGCGAUUACUGUGCCCACCAUUUACUAGAAUACCAAGUGUGCAGAUACGAUAAGAUGCCAAUGCUUUACAAGUGUGCCCAUGAAAAACAUAAUUAUCUGAACUGUGAACAACAAGACUAUGUUCUGCGCAUGAAAGAAUUUGAGCGUGAGCGCCGCCUGCGAAAACGAGAGCAGCGACUUGUUGGUGCUGCAGCAUAAAUCAUUGGAAGAAACUGUAGUUUUACUUGUUAAAAAAAACAAUUCAUACUUGUGAAUGUAAAUAGAGCAUCAAUUAAAUCCUUGUUUAUUUACUAUUUA